AUGGGCGCCCCAUCGCUUGAGGCAAUACAUGCUUUGCCAUACAACUUACUUGAUAUCCAAAAUGGAUCCAAUCAAAAAGCCAUCAAAGGGAGUGCCUUAGCAGGUUAUCUAGCUAAUCAGCAUGUGGAUGAUUAUAAGUCAAUGCAAUGUGAAUACAUAGACGAAAGCAUCAUGGUUUUGUCUAAAGAAUGUGAUGAUGGAAAAUGGACCUUGUUGUUCGACGGGGCCUCAAACAUAAUGGGGCAUGUGAUUGGGGUUGUUUUAAUAUCUCCCGAAAAAAACUUCAUACCUACCACAAGGCGCUUGUGUUUUGAUUGUACCAAUAAUAUGGCAGAAAAUGAAGCUUUUGCCAUGGAAAUUUUCGCGGCUUUGGAAUCAAAAGUGAAAGUUCUGGAAGUAUAUGGAUAUUCAACCCUAGAAAUUAAUCAACUUAACCAAGAAUGGGGAACUCGAGAUAAGAAGUUAAUACCUUAUUUUACCUAUAUAAAAGAAUUGUCUUUAGAAUUUGAUAAAAUCACUUUUCACCAUGUCCCUCAAGAAAACAAUCAAUUGGCUGAUGCUUUGGCUACUUUAUCCUCAAUGUUCGAAAUAAGUUGA